UGACCGUGGGUAGAGCUCAUGAGUGAAAUAGAUUUCUACACCCAAGGAAAAGUGCUGUAUUCAUGUUGCUCGACAUUAAUAUAGUUUUGCUGAGUGUACUCGAACGAAGGCUAAUUUAAUACCGAUCUCUAAAUAAGUUCAUUUCAAACACUCUGAUCAUGAGUGGCACCGAAGAGCAAUCGGUCACCCAGACGGUAAAAUACUACAGGCUGUCAGAAGUGGAGGAACGGAACACGUUCAAGAGUACCUGGAUUAUUAUCAACCACAAAAUUUACGAUGUUACUAAAUUUCUGGAGGAGCACCCUGGCGGCGAGGAGGUCCUUCGCGAGCAGGCUGGAGGUGAUGCGACGGAGAGUUUCGAGGAUGUGGGACACUCCACCGACGCCAGAGAAAUGGCCCAGAGCUUCCUGAUUGGCGAGCUGCACCCAGAAGACCGGCCUAAAAUUGCAAAACCUCCAGAGUCUAAUGUUAUAACAGUGGCAGACAAUACAAGCUGGUGGGUAAGCUGGGUGAUCCCUGGCCUCGCUGCAGCCAUUGUCACUCUUCUGUUCCGUUUGUUCACGUCAGAGGACUGACCCCUGUCCCCCCCAAAUGCAAAUAUUAACCACUUCCUGUAGCGCUAGUACUAUGCUGGACAGAGCUGCAAAACCGCAAGUGUCUUGCCGAAUGCGAAGUUCAAAAGCAGUUCUGCCAGAGUUUCAACUAAUCCAGCCAAUCACUCUGCAACUUUGUAAAUUCUGCAAAUUAAGGCAUUCAAUUUUUGUUGUUUUUGUUGUCGCCAAGUGGUUUCCCUCUCAAAGAGAUUUAAAUAUUGAUGUAGAAAAUACAUUGUGAUUUAGCCUGUAUUUUAGGCUUGUUCAUUCUGACUCUUGUAAUUAAUGUGUAAAGUGAUAAUGUAAAUGUCUAGAUUUUUAUGGCCAGAUAAUAAUCCCAGAACCAAUACAUUCCAUAAUUUAGCUAAGAGGUUUUAUAUGAGUCCAUUUGCACAGCAGUUUGAGUCAUUGCUCAUCUUUAAGGAACCCUGGAUAUUUAUGGGUCAAUUUUAAAGGAAAUUUUCAUAAAAUGCGCAAUCAAUUAAGAGAAUUGGAAUUGCCAACUUUAUGCAGCAUGUAAAUGAUUAAAUAUUAUGAACAUAAUAUGUUAAUGAAUAUAGAAAAGGCCGAUUCAACUCAUUGACCAACAGCAGUUAUCCUGGUACUAAAAUGGAAUUAUUCUAAAGGAAUAAUCGUGAUAAAUAUGUUAGCCUUGCCAUUCUGGAAUUAAGCCAUGACUGUCCUCGUUCUGCUUUAAGUGAAAUUGAGGAUCAUUUGGAUGUGAAUCUUCUACAGAAAGUGACUUCAUCCACUAUCAGGACAGAAGGACAGUAGGCUCCUUUUGUGAGGGACAUGGGGCUUUAGCCCAAUUACAUCAUCACAUUGUUCACUGUCACGUGCACAAGGAGGGUUAUGGUUAAAAGCCACAGAAGGCACUCCUCCGUUAGGGAUUCAAAAUGGAGACUGCGGUUCAAUGUGUGUCUUAAGUACAGGGUACAUUACCCAGUGUUCAGUGUUUUAAAAGCAGGGUUUCAGCUGCUCUUGUUCCUCCAGGAGAAUGGCUUGAUUCCAAACAGAGCUCUCUGGACUUGGAUUACGGACUGGCGGACUUUAAUGGCAUAUUUCAGGGGACCUGUGAGCCCGUGAGUGGACAAGGGUGAAAUAGGACAAGACUUCUGACACCACCCAAUACAGUAAAGCGCUGGCGAGUGUUUCCGAGAAUAUUUAACAGGACAGCUUUAAAAUAAGUGAAUGACUUUUGAAAGGAAAAUUAUAUGAAAGGGGGGCAAGUGAGGAGAAAGCGAAUAUGUUGUUGUCUAUUGCAAGCAGUGUUAUACAAUUGCAGCAUGAAUAAGGCUGGGCAUAUUUGUCAGGGAAAAUAUUGGCUAACAGUAGUCACAGCAAAGUUGUUGGAAAUCUAUGAGAACUGAAAAAAGGCAAAAAUCAAUGACCAAGUGUUUUUAAAACAUUAAUUUAUUAAAUUAUCCAAAAUUUCAUGGGUAGCACUGGGAAAUGAUUGAACUAAAAUGUGCAGCUGCAGUGGCCUUGAAAGUGCUUGAAGUUUCUGAAAAAUUAGCUGGCAGUCAGUUGCCACAACGAACACAUAAAAAAGAAUAAAAUGCAUUAGAUAGACUGGUGCAUUUAAUCAGUUCAGUCCAUCAUGGAAUGCAAGUGCAUGUUUUUGUAGUUAUACAUGCAAAUCAUGCCCCUCAUUUACCUACUAAAAUUAUAAUAAUGCCUACGUCAUUGACCUGAAAUGAAUUUUGGGUCAUUACCUCGGUCAAUGAUGUGGAAUUAACGAGAGGGUAGCUAGAGGGCGCAAAACAUCUGCGCAAAAGUCACUCCCAAAAAAGCUGUUUUGACAAUUGGACAGUCCUAAGCCCUCAUGGACUUGAUGGGAACAUCCCUUUGAGUCCAUGAGUUCCCAAGUCCAGAGAAUGGGAUUCAGCCAGUAUUACGGGAAGACUUGUGCUGGAAAAUGAAAGUUCUUCUCAGAUGCGUUUGCUUUCCUGUCCCUCAGAGGGUGCAGUUGUAGCUCAAGAAUAAGUGCUUUGCAUUGGAUUACUGUGCAUUUUAACUGGGUGUAGUCCUACUGCUAACUAUCCUUUAAGAGCAGAAGUUCUUCAGAUAGUGAAUCUGUUCAGGGGACAUGGCUGAAACUGCUGUUCGGUGGACUCCCUCAUUCCUGUCCCAGGUCUAUCACUGUGUGAAAGCAAAACUAAAGGCAGUGACAGUAGAUCCCCAACUGGUCUGUGUACAGUCCUCCCUCUUGUGAUAAUGUAUCUCUAUUGCUUGAAAUUUUAUACAAUAUAAUAAAUUGUGUCUGAGUUGCCGUGAA